AGCGGAGGGUCGGGCCCGCGCUGAGAGCCGCUGCCUAGGGAGAAGGGCGCGCUCGGAGGGCCGCGGCCAUGGCCUCGUCGUCGGCGUCGCCGCCCUCGGGCUCGUCGGCGCACCAGCAGCUCCUGCAGCAGCAGCCUCAGCCUCAGCGGCGCCGGCGGAGCACCGAGGUGAGCUGCGACUCGAGCAGCGGCGGCGGCGGCAGCGUCACUGUGAGGAUCUGCGCCCGGAGCCCCCCGGGGGCCCAGCCGGCCAAGGCCAGCAUCUCCUCCUCCAGCGGCAGCAGCUCGGGAGACGCGGCGGCGGCGGCGGCGGCCAGGAGGGCCCAGGCGGCGGCGGGCGGAGGGAGAGGCGGCCGGGGCAAGAAGAGAGACAAGGGCGGCGGCGGCGGCGGCGCCUUCGGCCUGGGGCUGGGCCUCGGGCUGGGCCUGGGCUCCCGGCGGCGCUCGACGCGGCUCCCGCAGCUGUUCGAGCGCGCCUCGGCGCAGUGGUGGAACCCCACGUUCGACUCGAGCAACCUGGAGGAGGCCUGCCGGGAGCGCUGCUUCCCGCAGACGCGGCGCCGCUUCCGCUACGCGCUCUCGUACCUGGGCGCGGCGGGGCUGCUGUGGGGCGGCUACUUCGCGCUGCGGCUGGGCCCCCCCGGCGGAGAAGGGCGGCGGCGGCAGGCCCCCUUCGUGGCGCCCGCGCUGGCCUUCCUGGCCGCCUGCCUCGCCUUCUUCGCCUUCACCUUCACGCGCGCCUACGGGCGCCACCCGGCGCGCACCUCGCUGGCCCUCGUGCUGCUCGUCUUCGCCAUCACGCUGGCGCCGCAGCUGCAGGCGCUGGGACCCCCGGCGGCGGAGGGGGGCCUGGACGAGUGGGGGGCUCCCGUCGGGCCCUCGCCGCCGUUGGGGCCCUGCCUGUCGCAGGUGGGCAGCUUCUCCAUGUGCAUCGAGGUGCUGCUGCUGCUCUACACCGUCAUGCACCUGCCCCUCUACCUGAGCUUCUUGCUGGGCCUCUCCUACUCGGUCCUCUUCGAGACUUUCGGUUACUACUUCCGCGAGGAGAGCUGCUUCUCGCCCUUUGGGGAGCGCCUCCUGGCCUGGGACCUGCUCAGCAAAGCCCUGCUGCACGUGUGCAUCCACGCCACCGGCAUCCACCUCUUCAUCAUGUCGGAAGUCCGGUCCAGAAGCACCUUCCUGAAGGUGGGGCAGUCCAUCAUGCACGGCAAAGACCUGGAGGUGGAAAAGGCCCUCAAGGAGAGGAUGAUCCAUUCUGUCAUGCCCAGGAUUAUUGCCGACGACCUGAUGAAGCAGGGGGACGACGAAAGCGAGAACUCCGUGAAGCGCCACUCCACCUCCAGCCCCAAAAACAAAAAGAAAAAGCCUUCUAUACAGAAAAACCCCAUCAUAUUCCGUCCUUUUAAAAUGCAGCAGAUAGAACAAGUCAGUAUUUUGUUUGCGGAUAUUGUGGGCUUCACAAAAAUGAGUGCCAACAAAUCUGCGCAUGCUCUGGUGGGACUUUUGAACGAUCUCUUUGGUCGCUUUGACCGCCUGUGCGAGGACACAAAAUGUGAGAAGAUAAGCACUUUGGGGGACUGUUACUACUGCGUGGCAGGGUGCCCUGAGCCCCGGGAGGACCAUGCUUAUUGCUGCAUCGAGAUGGGGCUGGGCAUGAUUAAAGCCAUUGAGCAGUUUUGUCAGGAAAAGAAAGAGAUGGUGAACAUGAGGGUUGGUGUUCACACUGGGACGGUCCUGUGUGGCAUUCUGGGGAUGAGAAGGUUCAAGUUCGAUGUGUGGUCCAAUGACGUCAACUUGGCCAACCUUAUGGAGCAACUGGGCGUGGCAGGAAAGGUCCAUAUUUCAGAAGCUACUGCAAAAUACUUAGAUGACCGCUAUGAAAUGGAGGAUGGAAAGGUGACUGAGCGUGUUGGUCAGAGUGUGGUUGUAGACCAGCUUAAAGGUUUGAAAACAUACCUGAUUUCUGGUUUGAAAGUGAAGGAGCCCCCCUGCAGCUGCUCACAGAUGCUGCUUCCAGGUCUAGAAGCAGGAGACAGAAGCAAGUUACAGGGAACCUCGUCAGCAGAGAAUGUUGGCAACUUAGCAAAAGGUUUCAGACAGUUGGAAAAAAACAAGACAUGCCCUUCAUGCAAUACUACAUUGGCAUCUGCUUCUGCUGCAAGUAUAGAGGAAGGAGCUAUCCAAAAUGGGGGCCAGGAUGAACGUAAAAACAGCACAAAGGGCCCUGGAGGAUGCAGUCCAAAGUCCCAGAAUGGUCUUCUAAGUCCUCCACAAGAGGAGAAGCUGAGCAACAGCCAAACAUCCCUUUAUGAAAUGUUGCAGGAGAAAGGAAGAUGGGUUGGCGUGAGCUUGGACCAGUCACCACUUCUGCCACUGCGCUUCAAAAACAUCAGGGAGAAAACGGACGCUCACUUUGUUGACGUGAUAAAAGAAGACAGCUUGAUGAAAGACUAUUUUUUUAAGCCGCCCAUUAACAGACUGAGCCUGAACUUCCUGGAUCAGGAAUUGGAGAUGAACUAUAGGAGCAGCUAUCAAGAAGAGGUUAUGAGGAACACCCCCGUGAAGACCUUCGCCAGUGCUACCUUUAGUUCACUUCUGGAUGUUUUGCUGUCCACAACAGUCUUCCUCAUCCUCUCUGUCACCUGCUUCCUGAAGCAUGGGAUGGCUGCAACUCCUCCCCCACCUGCAGCAGUGGUUGUGGUGGUCAUUGCCAUCCUGCUAGAGGUGCUGUCCCUUAUCGUCUCCAUUAGAAUGGUGUUCUUUCUGGAGGACGUAAUGGCUUGCACAAAACGGUUGUUGGAGGGGAUUGCCGGCUGGUUGCCGCGACACUUCAUUGGUGCCGUUUGGAUCUCUCUCCCCGCUGUCGCAGUCUUCUCACACUUCAGCUUGGAAUUUGAAACAAACAUUUAUUAUACCAUGUUUAUGUGUUCUGCAAUUCUCAUCACUAUUGUCCAGUACUGUAACUUCUGCCAGCUCAGCUCCUGGAUGAGAUCAUCUCUGGCCACUCUUGUUGGAGGAGUCUUGCUAGUUUUGCUGUGGGUGCCCCUGUGCCCUGACAGCUCUGUGGAGGAAUCAUAUAUUGAAUCAGUAAAGAACUUUAGUUUCAGCUCCAUGGAAAUCUUCAACUCUACACAGAACAUCAGCUCCACAGAAAUCUCCCAUCUUCAGUUAGAACAGAACUAUAGUUCCAUAAGGAAUCCAUGCUACCAAUCAACCUUGAAAGACUUCAGGAGGCCAGCAGACCUGAUUGGCCAUGAAGUGAUUCUGGGCUUCUUCCUUCUCCUCCUCCUGGUUUGGUUCUUAAACCGUGAGUUUGAAGUGAGCUACCGCCUGCAUUACCAUGGAGACGUGGAAGCCGACCUUCACCGCACCAAAAUCCAGAGCAUGAGGGACCAGGCGGACUGGCUGCUGCGGAAUAUCAUUCCCUACCACGUGGCGGAGCAGCUGAAAGUCUCACAGAGCUACUCCAAAAACCACGACAGUGGUGGCGUGAUCUUUGCCAGCAUCGUGAACUUCAGCGAGUUCUACGAGGAGAACUACGAAGGAGGCAAGGAGUGCUACCGAGUCCUGAACGAGCUGAUCGGGGACUUUGACGAGCUGCUGAGUAAGCCUGACUACAGCAACAUCGAGAAGAUCAAGACCAUCGGGGCCACGUAUAUGGCCGCCUCUGGCCUGAACACGUCCCAGUGCCAAGACAGCAACAGCCCGCACGGCCACUUGCAAACCCUCUUCGAAUUUGCCAAAGAAAUGAUGCGAGUGGUUGAUGACUUUAACAACAACAUGCUGUGGUUCAAUUUCAAACUGCGGAUUGGCUUCAACCACGGCCCCCUGACUGCCGGGGUCAUUGGCACCACCAAGCUCCUGUAUGAUAUUUGGGGUGACACUGUGAACAUCGCCAGCAGGAUGGACACGACCGGAGUGGAGUGUCGCAUCCAGGUGAGCGAAGAGAGCUACCGCAUCCUGAACAAAAUGGGGUAUGACUUUGAUUACAGGGGGACGGUGAACGUGAAGGGCAAGGGGCAGAUGAAGACCUUCCUGUACCCUAAGUGCAUGGACAACGGCAUCGUCCCCCACCACCAGUUAUCUAUAUCUCCAGACAUCCGUGUUCAAGUGGAUGGCAGCAUUGGGCGGUCUCCGACGGAUGAGAUCACCAACCUGGUGCCUUCUGUACAGAAUUUGGACAAGAUGCCCCACGUCUCGGACCAUAAUUUGGAGCUCAAGGGCGGGCUCCCCUCUUUCAAGAAUCUCCCAAAAGAGACAGUGAAGCCAGAGGAUGGGCGUAGGUUUGGUAAGUCUGUUGAGAAAAAUGACUGCAAAGAAGCAGGUCCCGGUGAGACCAGUGAGCUGACUAAGCUGAAUAACUCGCGGAGCGUAUGAUGCGCUGGAGUGGUCUGCUCUGUCUACAAGAACGCAGGUGCUCUCGGCAGGCUGUGUACUCCUGGAGGAGGGGGCAGGAGAGGGAGUGGCUGGACGGCUCUGUCAUCUGACUUCACUUUGCAAUGGGAUCCGAGGGGGUCACUGGUGUGCCAGGGCUUUUGUGCCUCUCUCACCCCCAGGUCCCCUUGGAACAGUCUUUCAGCUGAGAUGAGACAUCAAGUGCCUUCAGAUAGACUCUGCUGGACUCCUUGUCUAGGAACAGAGGCACAAAGUUGACCAUAUGUUUGAUGGAUAAGCCGUGGUUAUAUCAUUUUUAUUGUUUCUCACUGGCACUACUAUUUUGUUUUUGUUUUGCCUAUUAUGUUAAGCCUUUUGUAUGUAAACACAGACAAAUGCAUGUUUACCUGACUGACCCAAACAGCCACUAAGGGAAGAUGAUUUGAGGUGAGAGAGGAGUUGGCAGAGUUGCCCCCUGGGCAGCUGGAGGAGGAGGAGGAGCAGGGAGCUUGCCUUGGCAGUCCAGCACUUACCUGAAGUGAUCCGUGGGCUGUUCUGUUUGCCAUAAUCAGACUCAAGUGCCCUUGUGUGUUCUGGGACAUGUGGCCUCUUGCCAUUCACCCCACAGGCCUCUGCUGUGUGGGGAUUGGCGCUGGCUGCACAGUGCUCCAGCGGCAGAAGCGUGGCCAAUCUCAGCCUCAGGUGUUUCGGUUCUGACCUCUGCCAGGAGGGACUUCUGAGCAUUUGGGUGAAACGGUUUUCUCUCAAUCUGGUCAGGCCUAAGAGAAAGAUAAUAAAUGAUAGGGGAUUUUCUCCCUUCCUUUUUAUUCCUCCCUUCCCCCUUAAUUCUGUAUUUGAGGGGGCAGUAGGGAUUGUAAGCAGUGGUGCCAAUUGAAGGCAGGUGCCCAUUAAGCGUGUCUGCAUACUCAGUCCAGCCUUUCUUUAGGCACAGUUGGUGCCAACAGCACUCAAGCUGUCAGACGUGGCUGACUUAGCAGGGUUGGGGCACAUAUUUCGCCCUUAUUGUGUUUGCCCUUUGUGGGAGCUGGAAUGAGAAGUCUGUUCAGAGCUGAAAAGCACAAGAGUAGGGAGAUCAUAAGCCUUCAGCGCUUUAUUGUGUGGAUUCAGUCAGAAUGAACUCCCUUUGACAAUCUUUCCUUUUGCAUUUUCACUCCUGUUGUAUUACUGAAUGAAGAGUCAAACGUGUUUGACUCUUAAUGCAGCCAAAUUUUGUGAUUCACCUAAAGGUGAUGGAGCCAAGCAUAAAUCUGCCCCACAAAUACACAUGCAGAAUAAAGUAGGGGCUGUUCUACGUUUUUGCAAGUUUAGAAGACGUGAAAAGGGUUAAAGUACUUUAGGGUUAGAAAGUUUGUUGUUUCAUAGAAUACUUCCUCUUGCACUUUCUUAUCCUGCAACCUAAAUUGGUCCAGUAAAAAGCUAGCAUCUCCUGUGUUCUGACCUUUGGAGUGAAAUGGACAACUAUGACCAUUCUCAUCAGCUGGUCACUUCUGUUAUUUUGUUCACAUGCUAAUCUUCUUUAAAACUAAAGCCACACUCUCUUUCUUUUGGCUCAGUUGUUAAGAGCAUCCCUGGAAUUUAUGAUCAUAAAGGGGCUUUUGCUUGAUAGCACAUAGAAUACCUUUUCUGUGGGCCACUCUCUCUUCUGUAUGUCUCACAUUCCGACACCCUCACUGAGCAGCAUUGUAAUUCGUGCAUCUUUCGAUAAAAGCCUUUGGGGCUGAACCAAGACAGGGGUAGUGAAUUUCCAGUGCAGGCUGGGUCUAGGAGGACAAUGCUGCACGGUUCUCAAUAUGUAGUUAAAAACAAUCUUUCUUUCUUCAGCCCCAAGAACUGUACAGUACUAGCCUCCGCUGUGGCUGCAAGCCUAAGCACAUUUACUAGGUAGUAACUCCAGCGUAUGCAGUGGACUUAAUUGUGACUAAAAUGUGUAGGAGGAGGCUGUUCCUUGAGUUUGGCUUUCCAGAAGAUUAGUAUCAUUUUGUAAACUUCUCUUGCCUCAGUCAAAUCAAAGAAACCUUCAAAGGUAAUCGCCAGGAUUCUAGCUUCUGGUUUCUCAACUGAACUGCUGUUUUCUCCACAGCUGAGCUGAUUUAGUCCCAAGGUGUUUCCAGGCCAUCUGCAGCAUACAGAACAGAGCUGGGGUUCAACAAGAGCUAAAAGUCAGAAGAGGAAAGUUUAAGGACACUGAUAAUAGCCAGCAAGGAUGAUGGCUUGUGGCGGAUCUGGUCCUGUGAGCAUGAGAGGCUUUGGGGCCAGCUGUCUUAAUGUGUGACCUGCUUCUCUCAGUUGUGAGAAUUGUUGGAAACUUGCAGAUUUCUAGCCACAAGGAAUUUGGCUAUUUGCUUUUAUAAAAAGACUGCAAUUACUGCAUCUUGGGGGGAUGUUCCUGAGACCAGCUCUUUGCAGUGUAAAAAACGCUCAAAUGGUUGGAGUCUUUUAUUUUAUUUCUUUAAUUUGUGUAGGUGCUUCAGGCCCUUGGCAAAUGUAUCUUGCUCUCUGCCAGGCAGGUGAUGUCUUUAGUCAUAGGGCAGGGGUUGGCUUGCUCUUUCUCUGGCUGGGCACAUGAAAGGUAUGUUCAGCUUGAAUUUUAAAGGCUCUGAUUGGUGUCUGCUUCAUCCUGGAUGCUGAAAUAGCAGCAUCUCAGCUGCUCUUUGUGUGAAUUCAUGGGCUGCUCUCGGCAACAGGGUUACCUGCAGUGGGACGUUGCCUUCAAAGCACCUUGCAUAUCGUUGCUUUUUCACAUACCUCCCCAAAAGCAUUUUAUUUGCCAGGCAAAAUACGCAGAGGUAGUAGGGAGCUCUUCUGCUGCUUGCCUAUGGAACGGUCCCCGAAGGCUUGUUGCCUGUACUUUAGGCCUUGGUGGAUGCAGGGGUGGGGAACCUGAAGGAGCCCACCAGAUGUUGCUAGGCUCCAAUUCCCAUCACCCCUGCGCAUCGGCCAGGCUCGUUGCUGGGGCGGAUGGGAAUCCCAGCAGCAGCUGGAGGGCCACCGGUUCGUCACACCAUGCCUAAAAUUAUAGCAAUAAAACUGGAGCGCUACGUUGGUAGCAAUAAUGCAAGAUGAUUUACCUAGCGGUAAAUACACACGCCUGGUGAGGGAGCAAGUAGUGGCAUGCAAAGGAGGCAGUUGUUCCUUUGAAGAUCGGGCUGGACAUGAGCCAGGGAUGUCAUUUUGGGUUUUUUCAGCAGAAACCUUAUUUCCAGGGCUCUGGAACUAAUGAUGCUAAUUGACUUGGCACUAAAAGGACCUUGCUCACACCACAAACAGAUAUUUUAGCUAGAGUUGGGCUGGGAAGUGGGGUGGCAGAAGGAAAUAUCGGAGGGCGAAGGCAGGGGGAGGCGAGGUUUGCAGAAGCCUAGGUCUUCUGCUGCCAACUCCUUGGCAACAAAGUUUUGGGAUGCACAAGGAAGUGCUCCAAAGAGAGCAAGUUCUGUUCUCCUGCUGUGCUCCAAGGUCUCUGAAAGCAGUAAAUGAGGCUUUUUAUUCAACCUCACUCAUUGAGGCCUGCUUCAGUCCUACAGAAAUCAAUGAGACAAAGCACCUUUUAAGGACUAAAUAACUACUUAAUUAUUUAGAACUUACUUUCCGCUGACUAUAUAUAAAUAGAAACAAUGCACUUGGCUUCUUCUCCAAAGGCUCUUUUAACUUGUCACUGGAGGCUUGUUGCCAUUUGGCUUCCUAGCAGAGCCACAUGAUGAGAUCGGUGGCUUCCCUUUUUCUUCCACAGGAGCUGGAGGGGUGUCUCUGAGGGCUGGGUGUGCAAGGUGGAGGAAAGGGUGCCUGUGUGACUUUGGCCGCUCUUGGGAGCCCCACCCUCUCCUUGCCCCUCCUGUGAGCUGAAAGGCAGUGGCCACCAGCCCCUCCUCCUCCAUCUGCCCCACAUAGAGGCAGCAUUCUGGGCACUUAUUCCCACUCAGGUCCAGUUGGUGGGAGGAGGAGCUCUUGGUGUCCUGCUGAGUGUCCCACAGAGCUCUUUACUGCCUCUUCUCCAUUCUCUCCUCCCCCCAUCCCACGCUCCUCAUGCCUGUACCUGCAAUAUGCCCCAUCCCCCCACUUACCUGGGGAGAAGCAUCCUAAAGCAGAAAGCAUUUCUUCUAGGCACUUCCUGGGUCUCUGAGGCAUUAGCUUCUCCUCUUAGAAAUGAGCCUAAGGCUAGUGUAUCUUGCGUGUAAAUACUGGUUGGUUUAUGCACCGCAGCUGCACUCCUGCCUUCAUCUCUCUGACUUCAGCCGUUCUCCCACCUGGCCAGGCCAGCAUCCUGCUUCUGCAGUAGCCAUAGCCAAACAGGACUUCCUGGAAAUAUAGCAGCAAUGUAAACCAAGGGCUCCAAAGCAUCCCUUUGGGGCAGCAGCUUUAAGGUUGUUGCCUCAACGUCACGAGGACAAACAGAAGUAAUAAAAAGCCCAAAGCCUUAAUGAGAUGGGGGAGGGGAACUCCACCUAAACAAGCAGAGUGGCAGGCCUGUGGCGUUGUCUCCGCAGGACGACUCCCUCUGCCUCUGUCCAGGGUGCCCGUUCCUUGAGGUGCUGAAGGCUUUGGUCCCCUUCUAGGGCCACGGAGGCUGCACGCUCCCCUCUUCCCACCCUCCGGUUGCUGCCAUGGAGAGGGAGCCUGGCUCUUCACUUCUCAGGACCUGAUGAUUUAAAGCCAACUCCUUAUUUUGAUGGCAAUACCCUUCAGAAACUCUUAACUGGCCUGGGCUUUGCAUACUUGCAAAGAGCCGCUGGAAAGAAUCGGUCAGCAGGACAGGGCAAGUCCUGGGCCUGGGUCAGGUGCCGACUGAGCGGGAAAUGCUGGAAGCAGCUUUGCGGGUCCAAGGCCACCUCUGACUCUAUCUUCCUGGCUGACGCAAAGCAACCCUUUUGUUUCUUUAGCCCUCGGUGGGGAGGCUGGAGAGAGAGGCCUUCUGUUGGGCUGGUCCUUUGGAGCCUGACUUUCCCUUCUCAGAAAGCUCCUCCUGGUGGAGAACGAGAGUCCUCUGCAAACCAUCCAAGACGGUUCACACUGGUGUUCUUCACCAGCAGUAUCUACAGGGUUGUUUUAGACAUGUACGGUUGUAUUUUAAUGUGUAUUUAUAUUUUUAUUUGGUUUUGAGAUAAUGCUGUUACUGGCCCUGAGGCUUUGUGUUGAAUAAACUACUAGUUACUGGGGGGGGGGGGAGAAGGGUGCCAGCCUUUAGGCAGCCUAUGCAACACUAUUUCAGUAUUUGAUAUGCACAAACGAGCCUCCCCUAUUUUUCAUCAUUUUAGCCUGGUGUGCUGAGAAACUUGGGAGAGGCAAAAGAUGAAAGCAACUUGAAACUCCUUUCAUUUUGUGAAAAAACACACACCACAGUAUUGUCCUUCAGGUGCCUAUCAGCUCCUGGUCUGCCUUGAAGAAGGGCUUUCCUGGAAUAUUGCCUCCAUUCAGUAUUGGUGUCAAUGGGGAAAUGCCCCAAAUUCUGUCCUUGCGGGCGCAGGUGUGAGCAGAAAACCAUCCAGCUUUCUCCUCCUUUUUCUGCGUCCACUACUCUGGUUGACAUUGUCUUGCCCUCCCUGCAGAAAGGAAGAGCAGGCCCCUCCCCACACCAGGCGAGGAGGAGGAGGAGGAGGAGGAGGAGGCAGUGGCUUCACAGAGUUUUGCUUGCUGGGAGUGCCAAAGGCCGUCCUUCACUACAGUAGCUUAACUGUAAAUAGCCUGCAUACGUCUGGCUCUAAAGACACACACACACACACACAAAAGUAUGUGUGGAAUACUAUAUGUAUAUAGAAGGUAAAUAUACACAUUCACUUUGACUUGUUACUGCAGAUCUGUAAUCAAUUGUAUAUUAAACGGUUUUCCUGUA